AUGGUGGCAGUUGAAAAACCAAAAACAGGUCAGUUGAGACUGUGUCUAGAUCCCAAGGACUUAAACAACGUCAUCAAACGACCAUAUUACCCAUUACCCACUCUUGAGGAUAUAACGUCCAAGCUGGCAGGAGCAUGCUAUUUCAGCGUUAUGGAUGCCAGGUCAGGCUACUGGGCUAUAAAGCUCACAGACGAAUCAUCCAAGCUAACCACAUUCAACACUAUUUUUGGUAGAUAUCGGUUUCUCCGCCUACCGUUUGGCUUGAAGUCUGCCCAGGAUGAGUUUCAACGGAAGGUCAAUGAAACGUUUGAAGGCCUACAAGGGGUAACAGCAAUAGUUGAUGACAUCCUAAUUUAUGGCGGAAGCAAAGAGGAGCAUGACAAGAACCUUCAUGCCAUGCUACAGCGCUCCAGAGAACGGGGAGUUAAGCUAAACCCAGAAAAAAGCACAAUUUGUGCCACAGAAGUCAGUUACUUCGGUCACCGUAUCACCAAGGAUAGAAUAAAACCAGAUCCAAAUAAAAUUGCAGCUGUAAGAGAUAUGGGACCUCCCAAGGACAAAGGUGAGCUGGAAACCUUCCUUGGUAUGAUAAAUUAUUUGUCGAAAUUUGCCCCAAGGCUUGCAAGCAUUAAUGCACCCCUGCGUCACCUGUUAAAAGAGUCGAAUGAAUUUACCUGGGAUGCACAGCACGACAAAGCAUUCAAUGAGGUGAAAGAGCUAAUCACUCGAGAACCAGGUCCAGUUUUAACAUACUUUGAUCCGACCAAAGAGCUUAGACUACAAGCUGACGCCUCUAAGCACGGUUUAGGUGCAGUUCUACUGCAAGAGGGCAAGCCAGUUGGAUAUGCUUCGAAAUCACUAUCUGUCAGUGCAAUUAAUUACGCCCAGAUAGAAAAAGAGCUGCAUGCCAUUUUAUUUGGAUGCAAGCGCUUCCACCAGUAUGUCUAUGGUCGUCAUGUUAUUGUGGAAAGUGACCACAAACCAUUGGAGUCCAUCAUGAAAAAAUCACUUGCAGCAGCACCUCCAAGACUACAAAGGAUGAUCCUACAACUUCAGAGGUAUGAUUUUACCAUCAUCCACAAGCCAGGCAAAGACGUCCCUGUUGCCGAUACCCUCUCUAGGAAGUCGCUGACUGACCAGGAUGACAGCCUACGAGAAGGAAUGGACAUGCAGGUACACACAGUAUACAGCAGCCUACCCGUCAGUAAUGCCAAAUUAGAGAACAUCCGCAAAGAGACUGAAAAUGACUUGCAGCUCAUGGUGUUAAAGAAAACAAUCAAGGAGGGCUGGCCUGCAGUAAGGAGAUCAUGCCCUCAGACCAUAGCUGAAUUCUGGAACCAUCGUGAUGAGCUCACUCAAAUGAAUGACAUCUUGUUUAAGGGUGAGAAAAUCAUUGUUCCUACCUCCCUACGGCGACAGAUGCUUUCCAGGAUACACGUGGGCCACAUGGGUAUAGAAAAGUGCAAGCAGAGAGCGAGAGAUGUUUUAUUCUGGCCGGGGAUGAAUAGGCAGAUCGAGGAGAUGGUUGAACGUUGUCCCAUCUGUAUUGAGCACAGGGCUUCCAAUAAGAAGGAGCCCAUGAUAAGUCACAAGAUUCCGGACAGGCCAUGGCAAACUAUUGCAACUGAUCUGUUCACUUGGAAUAGGGACAACUAUGUAGUCACAGUGGACUAUUAUAGCAGAUAUUUUGAGCUUGACAAGCUGCACAGCACAACAUCCUCUGCUGUGAUAAACAAAUUGAAAGAGGUAUUUGCCAGACAUGGCAUACCUGAAACUGUCGUAUCGGACAAUGGCCCCCAGUAUAAAUGUAGCGAGUUUGAAACGUUCGCAAACACCUGGGAGUUCAGCCAUAUCACCACUAGUCCGCAUUAUCCCCAAAGCAACGGUUUGGCUGAGAAGGCAGUUCAGAUUGCCAAAUCGCUCAUGGAAAAGUCCAAUGCCGAUCAGAAAGAUCUGUGCCUGAGUCUUCUCGAAUAUCGCAACACCCCAGUUGAUGGCUUCAGAUCACCAGCACAGCUUUUAAUGAGUCGUCGCUUACGCUCAACCUUACCCAGAAGUCAUCAGCAGCUUCAGCCCAAAGUGAUUAAUAGUAGAGAGUUUCGCUCCAGACGAGUUCACCAACAAAAUCAUCAGAAAAAGUAUUAUGACAGAUCCGCUAAACCAAUGUCGUCACUGCGCGAUGGACAAUACAUCCGAUUCCAGGAGCAAGGUUACUGGAAACCAGCUGUAGUCAUCAGGCAAGCUGAUACUGAAAGGUCAUAUCACAUACGUGCGACUGAUGGAGGACAAGUGUAUAGGCGAAACAGACGACACCUCCUUCACACUAAGGACGCACAUACUGCCGAAGAGAGUUUUGAUCACUACGGGCAGCAGGCCCAACACCGCAUCACACAACCAGCCUCGUUUGCAGCCAGUGAGGCAAUCACUUCUACUGUCCCUUACCGGACAAGGUUUGGACGUGAAGUCAAGCGAAGAACAAUUUUGGACUUGUAA